GAGACCAUCAGCUAAAAGUUCAGACAACAGUGAUCCCAGUGAAGCAGGUGAUGAGAAGAAGAAAAGGGACUCAAGGAAGAGUGGCUUCCUAAACUUAAUCAAAUCAAGAGGCUCCAAAUCUGAACGUCCCCAGACUGUGUUGGUGGCAGAGGAGCCCUCCUCUCCCAAGGUUGCCUCAAAAAGUCCAGCUGUGGACACAAGCAAGAAGGAGGUAAAGCCUACAGAGCAGAAUGGCAGUACAGAGCGAUCUGAGGAAUUAAAGACGCCAGACUCGCUGGAGGAGGCGCAGCCAGACGAUGCGGCAAAAGCCGAGAGAGGUGACAGCAAAGGAAGCCCACAGGGAGGACGGAGGUACGGCGUGCAGGUGAUGGGCAGUGGACUUCUCGCAGAAAUGAAAGCCAAGCAGGAGAAGAGAGCAGCCUCUGCUCAGAAGAAACUUGGGAAUGACACAACUCCCAGAGAGUCUUUUGACACAGCGAUGAGCUCAGAACGACUGGAUGGAAGUGGUACAGUGCCUAAACUCCAGCAGACCCUUCCAGAGAGUCGGUUCGCCUCAAAUAAAGGUGACUCCAUCUCAUCAUCAUCAGAAAAGAAUUCAAAAGCUGAACCAAAGGCAGAAGCUGGUGCAAAGGCAAGAAGUUCUUCCAAUACACCGACCAGCCCGAAACCCCCACUGCAGUCAACAAAGCCCAGCCUGACAGGACGACCCACGGUGCCACAGAAACCACGCUCUGCCUCACGUACUGAGGAUGCUCCGGAGUCUCCCUCUGGCCCCAGUUCCCCAAAAGUUGCCCUGCUUCCACCUGUGCUGAAGAAAGUUCCUUCUGAUAAAGAAAAGGAUGGUCAGAGCAGCCCCUCAGUCAGAUCGUUUCCUCAAGAAGCUGCAAAAAGAAGCCCUGGGCAGCAGUCUCAUGAGUUCCAGGAACUGAAGCAGAGGUCCUUGAGUAAAGAUGGCCAUCAGGGAAGCAAGUCUAGCGACUCUGGCGAAGAAGCAGAUAAAGAUUUUAUUUUUGUUUAGCGAUCGGUACAAGUGCAUCGUAGCGCAAGAGCUUUUUAUAACGAUCAGGGUACAGCAAUCAACAGCCCUUCUAGCCAGCUGCUCUUUCACCACAGGUAUAUUUCCAUGCAGAAAACCUGAUCUUCCAGUCGUGAUUUACAGUACACUCACUCGGCAUUGAUUCAGUCCUUAAUUUCUGUUCUGUACAACGCAGACGUUCCUUUCCAUGCCUUUGCUAAAGCCAGCGAUUCUUUGGUGUAUUCUACUUGAAUUCCUCUGAAGCAGCUACAGAGAGUGCCCUGCAUUAGGGCAUUUAGAAAGCAAAGCAAAUUAACUGGACACUGUCUCACCCUAAUACACUGUACAGCAGGUAAUGUGUUGUACUGCUGAAUGUAAAUGUGUCAAAUCUGCACGUGACUUACCUAUAAAUAUAUUCUUGCGGUAUGCAAUUGCACAUUGUAAUUAUAUUAAAAGAGCACACUAAUAAAAUGAUUUGUAUAGAUUAUAUAUAUUAAAUGCUUGGGUAUGGUUUUUACAUUCUCCCGUAGGGAGCUUCUUUCUUCCUGUUCUCGUACUGUACAUAAAGCUCCAACGCUUACAUUUGUGUACCGUCAAAAAGCACAACAGAGAAGGAUUUGGAUGACGUAUAAUCAUGGUAUGCUUCCACAUUCGUAUAUUAAUGUAUAUAGUUUAUUGGAAUGAGGGCAAUUGAAAUUUUAUUAAUAUUGGUGUUUUCUAGAGGCCUUCCUCAGUUCUGUCUGCAUAUUAGCUUCCUUUCAAUGUGUAAUUCUAUGAGAGAAAUAGUUGGACAUCUGUAAAAACAUUUCGGCUUUUGAGGGAGGGGGUGCAAAUUUCACAGCUACCCACUUACAUUACAGGUUGAAGGGAUUUUAUUCAUAUGUAUAUUUGUAACAAUAAAAAAUGAUUUUACAACUGAAA